AUGGAAAAGCCGACUAUGCACAUGCUCUCCGUCCAGGAGAAGGGCGGAGACACCAAGAAGACUAAUCAGUAUAUAGCUGCUGUUGCAGCGGCAAUAGGUGCAGUAGCGGCAGGGACCAUCUUGGCCUGGACGUCGCCCGCCUUACCCCAGUUAGAGCCACCGAAGAACACCACGCAAAAUAUAACGACCACUACAGAAAGAGAUAUCUUCUCUCUUCACGAGACAGUAUAUGAACCUCAAAAUGUUACUGAUGUUUUACGCAACUCACUAGGACAAGAAGCGGGUUUCUUAUUGGACACCAAUGAAAGUUCCCUCGUAUCAUCUAUCCUGGCUAUUGGUGCGGCUAUCAGUGCCUUACCCGUGGGCAUGCUAGCUCAAAAGUUUGGGAGGCGCCCCACGAUCCUCGUCCUUGCAGCGCCCUUCCUGAUCAACUGGUUGCUCACAAUAUUUGCGAAUGGCGCCGGGAUGCUCAUUGCUGCCAGGUUCUUUGCUGGACUUGCCACUGGUGGUAUAUGCGUCGCAGCACCAAUGUACAUAGGCGAAAUAGCUGAGACUUCAAUCAGGGGCUCUUUAGGCGCCUUCUUCCAGCUGUUCCUGACCGUGGGCAUCCUGUUCACCUUCGUAGUGGGCGGGUGGACGCAUUGGAGGACGUUGUCGAUUAUAUCUGCUGUGUUCCCGGUGUUAUUAGUUGCUGUGUUUUGGUGGAUGCCAGAAACUCCUCAAUAUCUUCUAGGAAAGAACAGAAGACGUGACGCUGAGAAAGCUUUAAGAUGGCUGCGAGGUCCCGACGCUGACCUCAGCGCCGAAUUGGAAGAUAUGCAAAAAGAUGUCGACAAUUCGUCUCGUCAAAAAGCCGGCAUAUUGGCUAUGGUAACGAACCGAGCAUCUCUAAUGGCUCUCAUUUGCUCUCUUGGUCUCAUGUUUUUCCAACAGUUCAGUGGUAUUAACGCCGUCAUAUUUUAUACCAACAACAUCUUCCAAUCUGCUGGAUCGGACAUCCCUCCAGCAAUCGCUACGAUCAUCGUAGGUGUCGUCCAAACCAUCGCUACUUAUAUAUCAUCUCUCCUAAUCGAGAAAGCCGGUCGUAGAAUUCUCCUUUUGCAAAGUUGUAUAAUUAUGGGCAUAUGUUUGAUAGUUUUGGGCACGUAUUUCAAGUUGCAAGAGAGUGGUGUGAAUGUAGCAUCAGUAGGCUGGUUACCUUUGCUUUGUUUGGUUCUUUUCAUCGUAUCUUUUUCUUUGGGUUUCGGUCCAAUACCUUGGAUGAUGAUGGCUGAACUGUUCCCCGUUGAAUUUAGAGGAACUGCAUCAGGAAUAACUGUGAUCACUAAUUGGUGUUUAGUAUUCGUAGUGACUUUGUGCUUCCCCUUAAUGAAAGACGCGAUUGGUAUUUACAGCUGUUUCUGGUUCUUCAGCGGUUUUAUGAUCAUUUGUGUGUUCUUCGUAUUCUUCUUGAUCCCGGAAACAAAAGGAAAGACUGUUUCGCAAAUUCAAACCAUCCUCGGUGGUGGUAGAUCG